CUUUGUUAAUUUUCUUUCAAUCUGUUUUCGAUGAAAACUUGGUUGUCUUUUUUUGCUCUCCUAGUGCUCUCAAAGUUCCUACUUCACGUGCAUGGAAAACCGCAAGUGCCUUGUUAUUUCAUUUUCGGAGACUCCCUCGUCGACAAUGGCAAUAACAACCAGCUUCAGACGGUGGCUAGAGCCAAUUACCUGCCGUAUGGUGUCGACUAUCCUUUCGGGCCAACCGGAAGGUUUAGUAACGGCCGGACCUCCGUUGAUUUCUUAGCUGAACUUUUGGGCUUCGACCACCACAUUCCACCCUUCACAACCGCUAGCGGCUCCGACAUCCUCAAAGGUGUGAAUUAUGCAUCUGGGUCAGCAGGCAUCCGCAAUGAAACAGGACAACAUUUGGGUGUUCACGUCAGCUUUGAUGGACAGUUGAAGAACCACAUGGCUACAAUCUCACGAAUUUUUCGCAUGCUAGGAAAAAAUGUCACAACUUCUGGGUACCUUAAAAAGUGCUUGUAUUCGGUUGGAAUGGGAAGCAAUGAUUACAUCAACAACUACUUCCUGACCAAACAUUACUCAUCAAAACGCCUGUAUUCUCCAAAGAACUACGCUAAAGUUCUGAUCCAACAAUAUUCUCAGCAAAUAAAGAGAUUGUACAAUUAUGGAGCAAGGAAAGUUGUAGUGUUUGGAGUAGGAAUAAUAGGGUGCACUCCCAAUGCGAAUUCUUUGCAUGGCAAAAAAGGAUCCCUGUGUGUAGAUAAAAUGAACCAUGCCGUUCGACGCUUCAACACAGAGCUUAAAUUACUCAUAAAUCAGCUCAAUGCCGAUCAUUCUGAUGCCAAAUUUAUAUACAUCAAUGCUUACAGAAUGGCAUCCAUGAAUGUUUCAUCUUUCGGUUUCAAGGUUUGGGACGUCGGGUGCUGCCCGGUAGGGAAAUAUGGGCAGUGUAAUCCUGAUCAGCAAAAGAACAUAUGCAAGAAUAGGAGCCAGUAUUUGUUCUGGGACUCUUUCCAUCCUACUGAAAUUGUUAACCAAAUUAUUGCAGCCAGAUCAUACAGUGCUUUUGAGAAAUUUGAUACGUAUCCAACGGAUAUUAGCCACCUAGCUAAGAUUUAAUCGUGGACCUCCAUCUACUGCGCGCUAGGCGCCUGCAGCCGUGUGAUUUCAUGUAAAUUAAUCAUAUGAGCUUUUUUUAAUUUUACAUUGGAAAUUAGGUUAAUUUUUCAUAUAAGGUACUCUUUUUCAAUGAAUCA